GGUUGGACUGGCCAGCGUGUGGGGGGAUUUCGUGUCCGCGGCGCGGUUUUAUGGGGCGGCCCGUACCUGAUAAGUGGGACAUACGGCUCUUGCAUCUCGGUAUUUCGUUGUGAACUCGCCAACAGGUCGGAUCACCUGCAGCCACAUACAUACGCACUAUACACACCGCAGGCAUCUGCGUGACUCGGCGCACGCACAUUACACGGACCGGUGCCGAUUGACACCAGAAGGACCAUUUUCCUCGCGAUUCGUGUUAAAGGAAGGAUCUCACCGAGCUGGUUCUAUCGGGGAACUUGAAUUCGCAAAUUUUAAAAAUGGCGCCGAACCUGUUCGGUACGUCGGCAACGCUCUAUCUGGAGGCCUCACAGCAGGACGUCCAUCAGGAGAAAACCGCGACAGAGAAGGCGAGCACGCAGAAAUUGAUCGUACAGAAAUCGUCGUCCAGCCCCCAGUCACGGUACGAAUGGAAUAUUGUCUGGAGAAAUGUGAUCGCUUUUCUUUACCUUCACAUCGGUGCGUUAUACGGGCUCUACCUAUUCUUCGUCGACACGAAGCUGAACACGCUUCUAUGGAUGUUAUUCGUGGGAAUCUCAUCAGCAGUGGGAAUUACAGCCGGCGCUCAUAGAUUAUGGGCUCAUCGGGCCUACAAAGCAAAAUGGCCGUUGCGAUUGGUGUUGAUGUUGUGCCAAACGGUCGCCUUCCAAAAUCACAUCUACGAGUGGGUCAGGGAUCAUCGUGUUCAUCACAAGUUCACCGACACGGACGCCGAUCCGCAUAACGCGCAACGUGGAUUCUUCUUCUCGCACAUGGGCUGGCUGUUGCUGCGCAAGCAUCCCGACGUGAUCAAGAAAGGCGCCACCGUUGACAUGAGCGAUCUGGAACAGGAUCCGAUCGUGGUCUGGCAGAGAAGAUUGUACAUUAUUCUGAUGCCGAUCUGCUCAUUCGUCCUACCGAUGUGGGUGCCUUGUUACUUUUGGGACGAGAAACCAUUGAACUCGUGGUACUCGACCAUGUUCAGGUAUACAUUGUCCUUGAACCUCACGUGGCUGGUGAACUCUGCUGCGCAUAUUUGGGGAAUGAAGCCUUACGACAGCACAAUCGGGCCGACCGAGAAUAUCAGCGUGGCGAUCUGCGCGAUCGGCGAGGGCUGGCACAAUUACCACCACGUGUUCCCGUGGGACUACAAAGCGGCCGAGCUUGGAAACUACAGGACGAACAUUACCACCGCUUUCAUCGAUCUCUGCGCCCGAAUCGGCUGGGCGUACGACAUGAAAACCGUCCCCGUCGAGGUCGUGAAGAAACGGGCCGCCCGAACUGGCGACGGAUCCAAGUACCAACAGGGCACCGGUCACGCGCACAGUCACGAGGGUGCGAAAUGGGGUUGGGGCGACACGGAUAUGGAGCCCGAGGAGAUCAAGGAAGUAGAGAUCAUAAACAAGAGCGACUAAAUCGAUCGUGCUUCCUCGAACCGAUCGCGCAACACGAUGCCGAUAACGUGUUCCGUUGAGUUCCGCGGUAACCGUAUCCGCAGUAUAUCGAUAGAAAGACGAUCCAAUCGUUCGCAACGUCAAUUAAUAUUUUGUUAUACGAAUGUGAUAAACGGUCGAUCGUUUGAGGAAUCGUACGAUUCCACGGUAUUCCGAAACGAUGAUAAAUACAGAGGAGGAGCGCGAGGAAAGAAACGUAGAUUGAAUCGAGAAUAGUCUACGAACCGUGGCGAAUCGUCGGAUUUCCUCGAACGAUGGACCCGUUUCUUCGACACGAUCGAUAUCGGGUGGUACAAGUCAAAGUGUGUGUAGAGUGUACGCGGUUAGAAAGAGGUAAAGAAAAAAAAAGACAGAAUAGAGAUAUACGCGAGACGUAAUUAGGUUUUCGAACGUUCGAUCCGAAAUUGCACAACUGUUCUAACUUCUCUCUCUCUCUCUCUCUCUCUCUCUCUCUCUCUCUCUCUCUCUCUCUCU